AUGGCCACCACCACUCACGACAACAUCGAUUCGAGUGCGCAGAUGGAUGACGUUGAACCCCCAUUCGACUCUCCGCCUCCGCGGACGUCUGAAGACCGCCAUCCUCUGAACGAUGACACGCCGCGCUUUGUGUUCGACGAGGAAGAAGACGACGAGUACUCGGCCUGGCAGAAUGACGAUGACCAACUCGACUUGGACCACGAUGACACUGGCUCAAAAACCCCUCUGGCCGAAGCGCGUUCGGCCACUCCGCAGCCACCUGCUCUAAGCUUGUCUGUUCAAGAAUCUCACGAGUCCCACGAGUCUCACGAUACCGAUGCGACGCCCGUUGAGCCGCAUGCAACCGCACCCGAGCCCGCAAUAGAACCCACGCCCAUCGAGCAGCCUGCAGCCACAUCGGAAACCACAAUAGAAUCUACAACCAUUGAGCAGUCUUUGCCCGUACCUGAAUCUGUGACAGAACCUACAUCUGCUGAGCAGACUGUACCUGAACCAGAGCCUGCCGUAGAUCAGACGCCCGCCGAGCAGACCUCAACUGAAGCAGACCUCACCCCAGCACCCGCAGAAGAGGCCGUUCCCACGCCGACGAUAGAGCACGAGCAGCCCGACAUCGAGACGAUAGACACCGAAGCUCUACACGAGACGAAUCCUCCCGCGGAGACACCAGUGGAGCACACACAGGAACAGCAUUAUGAGCAUCAGGGCGAGACGACCACAUUGGAAGAGGCUGUGCAGGAGAGUGCUCAAGUGCCAUUGGCCAACGACACCGACUCUCCCGCCUUGGACUGGGGCGCAUCUGACAGCACUUUUGAUUUGGGAUCACAACAGGCUGUACCUGUCGCGGAAACACAACAGGAAUUGGCACCUCAACCCGUGAGUGAGCAUACUGUUCAGGCGGAGGCGGAACCCGAAAAAGCAGCCGAUAUGGAUUGGGGCAAUGCGGAAGAUGAUGCUUUCGAUCUGGGUGGUCAGAAAUCUGCGGAAACGACAGAAGCGCCGCAAAUUGAGCAGGACUCAGAGAGCCAACCCGGCCACGUGGAAAAUGCACCGGCUGCUGCGGAUUUGGACUGGGGCACGGCUGGCGACGAGGACUUCAGCUUGGGCGCCCAGCAAACAACCGCGCAAGAGGAGCUGCAGCCAUCGUUGGACACCCAGCCUGCGCCGCAGCCUGAGGCAGCACCCGAAAGCUCGCAUCCAGAGCAAGCACAGGCGGAACAGCCGGAUGCUCCCGCGGAUUUGGACUGGGGGACAGCUGGCGAUGACGACUUCAGUUUUGGGGUCCAAAAAACAGCCGAACACGAGCAGCCACCAGUUGCAACCGAGCCCGCACCCCAGGCGGAGGCAGCAUUCGAAAGCUCACAACCGGCACAAUCGCAGCCUGAAGAGACAAAUGUCGCGGCAUCACUGGAUUGGGGCGACGCUGCGAAUGAUGAUUUUGACCUAGGCACAGCAUCUGCACCUGCGAAGGAAACGCUGACGGAAGAAUCGAAGGCGGAGCCAGCGCCACCGGCGGAACAACUAUCUGAAGGUCCGGAUCUGGAUUGGGGUGCAGCGGAAGAUGUUGACUUUGGCUUCAAUGCGGCACCACCGACAAAGGAUGCGUCGCAGCCUGCCGAGUCGCAAAACGAAGGAGCCCCCAAAAAGGAGGAGGAGGACCUGAGCGCAAUGUGGGCUGAAGCUUUGGCGGACGAUGACCUUCUCGAGGAAUCCUCAGUCGAUCCGUCUGCUUUCUUCCUCGAUGAUGAUGAAGGUUUCCUGGACGACACCCCUCUCCCUGACCAGAAUGGUGCUGCCGCUGCACCGGCGCCGUCCGCACCUGCGAACAAAUAUGCUCCGGUCGCAGCACAAGCACCUCCUCCCGCGGCUCCAAAGAACCCGUAUGCUCCGCAAGGACUGCAGACAACCAAUGCCUUUCAACCUGCCCCGGCUCCGGUACAGGCUUCGCCUUACGCUGCGCUGACCCAGCCAUACCAGCAACAGCAACCCCAGAGGCCAGCCAUGUCAAGCUCUGCGCAGAGUUUUGCGGACAAGGCAAAGGGCGGCUAUUCUUCUCCUUUCGAUCUCCCGGAUGACCUGGCGAAACAGCCGCCGCGAAAGAAGAUUGUCCAUGCGCCGACUAUUAACGCUCAGCAGUCGCGAGCACCGCCGCCGAGAACCUCCAGCAUGUACUCGAAUGCAUCGUCGCCAUCUCUGCCGCCGCCUUCUGCGAACUUCACCCCGUCGCCCAUGCCUGUGCAAUCUCCAAUCACGCCUUCCGGUGGCUUCCCGGCUCAGUCUCCUUCGAAACCGCCGAGUCUUUCCUCAAAGCCAAGCACCGGUGACUUCUUUGAAGACCUGCCAGUCGUCUCCAAGCCUCGUCCAGCUGGCAGAUAUACUCCACAGAUCAAGGGCCCCAGCCCCUCUCCCCCUCCGGGGGCUUUAGGACCACCUCCGAGACAAAGCUCUCAAACUUAUGCGCCUGCAAUUGUUCCCCCUCCUGUUGGUGCGCAGCCACAGAGACCAGAGUCGCAGCCUUCUUCAGCAUCUCAAGCAUAUGCACCUCCGCCGGCCCCUCAGAGAUCAUCGUCUCACAAUUAUGCGCCCCCAGCAAUGCCGCAAUUACAAGAGCCUGAGCGCCUCAAUCCAUUCCCGGAUCUGCCUCCAACUUCGCAGCCUGCACAAGGACUGGCCGUAUCAUCGGCCCCGCCUGCUGCCGCCUCCCGGUACUCGCCAGCACCGCCAGCUGCAGCCGUAGCUACGUCACGGUACUCUCCUGCUCCGCCGUCUGCUCCGGCCGCUUCACGGUACUCUCCUGCACCUCCGUCAGCUCCGCCAGCAAUGCAAAAUCGAUACGUCGCCGAGCCCCCGAAAGCCCCGACGCUUCCGUUCGCUCCACGAACUUCAAGCCCGCUAGCAUACCACAGCACCCCUGAUCACCCUGUUCAACGACCUUCGUCUUCAGGCAGCCGUAGGGCUUCUCUACAGCCAAGCGUGGCUUCCGGAGAUGAACCAGUUGGCCAUCUCAGGUCUAGCUUGGACCUCGUACGGGAAAUCCCAGAGCAAGAGCAGAAGCCGGCCACGCCGCCGCCACCGAGAAGCAUUCCGAGUUCUGCGGUCGCGUCUCCUGCUAGGAGAACGACGUCCAACUACACACCGCAAUACCAACAGGUCGUUUCUCCGCCUGGGCAAUCUGGAGUCGCACCGCCUCGCCGCGCUCAGUCGCAAUCUCCUGGUGCAACGAUGAAGGGUCCUAUGUUAUCAAUGGCUCCAAUUGACCGACCGGCAUCUACGAAUGGGGUGACUUCUCCAAUCGCUAAUGGGUCGCCGUACACUCCUUUUGCCGCCGCUGCCCCCACUACUCAGCCCACAGCAGCUCCUUCGCAACCUCCUGCUGCGGCUCCUCAGCAACGCCGCCGUCGUACCUUCUCUCGUGACCUGAGUUACGUGAAGCCAACCGACGAGACUGUGAACGACCCGCUGGAAAGGUGGAAGGGUGCUCCUAUUUUCAAGUGGGGUCUUGGCGGUACGAUCUUGACCAGCUUCCCUAAGGAGAUUCCUCGCUAUGGAACCGGCACCGUUAUGCCUCAAGUCAAAUGCACGCCAGGCGAAGUCAAGCUGCAAAAGGCAAAGGAGCUGUGUCCUCUUUGGGAACCCAUCGCCAAAUUUCCGGGUCCACUCAAGACUAAGAGUCAGAAGAAGCAGGCUCUUACCUGGUUGAACCAGAGUAUCGAGACCAUGGAGAAGGACUACCAGAGUAAGAUCUUCAACGGCGAACUUCCUGCCGAGUCUAGAAUUCGUUUGGAGGAGAAGAUCCUCCUAUGGAAGGUCCUAGAGGUCUUCGUCGAGCAUGAUGGUCAUUUGGAGGGGUCCGACGCUGUCCAUGACGCUGUCAAGAAAGUCCUGUCGAACGGAAAAGAAGACGAGCCUCAACUAUCGAGUCCAGUGGACAUCAUGGGAUCCUCGGCUACUACUGGUUCGGUCAACACUGCUGAGCCGAUUGAUCCUCAGUCCGUUGAACAGCUACGUGUUCAUCUCCUGAAGGGUGACCGUGAGAAGGCUGUUUGGGAUGCUGCUGAUAAGAGGCUCUGGGGUCACGCAAUGCUUAUUGCCUCAACGCUGAACAGAGACAUCUGGAAGCAAGUUGCUCAGGAGUUUGUCCGCCAGGAGGUCCGCAAGGUAUCCGGCAACAACCAGUCUCUGGCUGCACUCUACGAAGUCUUCGCUGGAAACUGGGAUGAGAGCAUCGACGAGCUUGUACCGGCUUCGGCUCGUGCUGGUUUCCAGAUGGUCAGCAAGACGGAUCGAUCCGGUGCCAACACGAACAUUUUCGAAGGCCUGGAUCGCUGGCGGGAGACUCUCCUGCUCAUCGUCAAUAACAGAAGUGACGGUGAUGCGCAGGCUCUUCUGGCCUUGGGUAAGCUCCUGGCAGGGUAUGGCCGUGUCGAAGCUGCCCACAUUUGCUAUCUCUUUGCUCGCUCUACUGUCAUACUGAGCGGCGUGGACGACCUUUCCGCACACGUUGUGCUCGUCGGCGCGGAUCACGUCAACCAUCGCUCUGAGAUUGGCCGGGACGUUGAGCCUAUUCUUCUGACCGAGAUCUUUGAGUUUGCCGUGUCGCUCUCGGCACCCACCGCACCUCCGGCUAUCCCUCAUCUGCAGGCCUACAAGCUCGCUCAUGCUUUCACCCUGUCUGAGUAUGGCUACAAGACUGAGGCUCAGGCUUACUGUGAUGCAAUCGCGACCGCGAUGAAGUCCACCACUCGUUCCUCGCCAUACUACAAUGCUUCGUUUGUCCAGGAACUCGAUGAUCUCAUCAAGCGCCUUUCGGAAGCGCCGAAGGACUCGUCAUCUUGGAUUUCCAAGCCCACCAUGGGCAAGGUCUCGACAAGUGUUUGGUCCACCUUCAACAAGUUUGUUGCCGGUGAAGAUGAUGACUCGGAGUCUACAAGACCUGGAGGCGUCGAUAGUAGCCCCUUCGCCAAGGUCUCUGGAGACACCCCGACCGUCAGCAGGUCUCCUUCCACCGUCGACAUAUAUGGAACAUACUCAGGUGGCAGCGCACCCUAUGCUCCGUCUAACUCGGUUGCUGGCUCCCGGUAUGCUCCUGCGUCUGGUGCUUACGCUCCUCGCACUUCUGGCGAACAGCCACGUUCUCGCUAUGAUCCGGCUACCCAGUCGCCGUAUCAACCAAUGCGAACUUCGGUUGACACUGCAGAGCGACCUGAGAUGCCAAUGGAUGCUUUGUUCGCCCAACAAGGGACACCGCCGUCAUCUUACAAUCCUCCCUCCUCAAUGCCGUACGCGCAACAGCCCAAGGUUACAAGUCCGUAUGCUCCAUCAAACGGAUCUGUGCCUGCCGGAUCGUCUCCCAACCCUCUCGGCAGCCCGUACACGCCCACAUCAUCUGGCUACCAGCCUCUUGGUGCCGCGAUGAAUGACGGCAAGGGCCCGAGCGGUUAUGAGCCGCCGACCAGCAACUUCGGGCCUCCUCUAUCCUCUCCAGAAGUUCCUUCGAACUCCUUCGAGCCUCCUACAAGCUCGUAUGAACCUCCAAGCUCGUACGAGCCACCGUCGUACCAGCCUUACGAACCUGAACCCGAGGCCGACGAAGAGAAGGAGGAAGAGAAGCCCAAGAAGAAGUCAUUCAUGGACGAUGAUGAUGAUGACGAGCUCGAGCGCCGUGCCGCUGCUCUCAAGGCGCAGCAAAAGGCAGAAGCGGACCGCAUCGCUGACGAGGCUUUCCGCAAGGCAGCGGAAGCGGAUGCUGCCAAACCCGCCGCACCGAAGAAGACGGGCUCCUGGCUGGGCGGCUGGUUCAAGCGCUCCGAAGGCAACGGCGAGCAGCUGGGCAACAAGCCCAUCCGCGCCAAGCUGGGCGAGGAAAACUCGUUCUACUACGACCCGGACCUCAAGAAGUGGGUCAACAAGAAGGCCGGCCCGGCCGACCAGCAGAAGCCUGCCGGCACCCCGCCGCCCCCCAAGGGCCCUGCCCCGCCGCCGUCUCUCCGCAACUCCGCUUCCAUGGCCAACCUCGCCGGUCCGCCCAAGGCUCCUGGUGCGGGCUUGACGCCUCCGCUCGGUGCCGGCGGCCCGCCCGGCGGCCCGAUGAGGAGUACGAGCAUGCCGCCGCCCAUGGCAGCGAGUGCCCCUGGAUCGGGUGCUGCGACGCCCGCAAGGACGGGGUCUCCGGCUGUCGGUGGCCCGCCGUCGGCGGCGGGUACGCCCGGUGGUGCGGGUACCCCUGGUGGUGGUCCUCCGGCUGGCCCGCCUAGCAGGCCGGCGACGAGCAUGAGCAAUGCGAGCAGCAUCGAUGACUUGCUCGGCGUGCCGGCGCCGAGGAAGGGUGCAGCGAAGAAGAAGGGGAGGGGUGCGGGGAGGUAUGUUGAUGUUAUGGCGAAGUAG